UUUAUUCCAGAUAAAGUCUUCUAAAGCUAAAACGGCAAGGUCUUCCGGUCCUAAAGCUAAAAGGGUAGCAAGAUAGCUAAGUGGAGAUGGACAAGAGCGAGAUGAAGCACUUUGUACUUGUACAUGGAGCCUGUCAUGGAGCAUGGUGUUGGUAUAAGGUGGCAAGUUUGUUGAAAUCCUCGGGUCAUAAGGUCACAGUCCUGGACCUAGCUGCUUCUGGGAUCCACCCAAAGCAGGUGCAUGAAGUAAAGUCAUUUUCGGAAUACAUCGAGCCUUUGAUGGAAUUCAUGGCGUCUCCGCCGUUAAUGGAGGAAAAGGUGGUCCUUGUCGGCCACAGCUAUGGAGGUAUCUGCAUAUCUGCUGCCAUGGAAAAGUUUCCUGAGAGAAUCUCUGUUGCAGUGUAUGCCACCGCCUUUAUGCCUAGUCCCGACUUGAGAGAGUCUCUAUUGCAGGAGUUCAACCGAAGACUGGAUUCUUAUAUGGACACCCAGUUUACGUUCGAUGAAGGGGAAAACAACCCUCCAACCUCCCUUUUAUGGGGUCGCAACUCCAUGGCAACCCAGUUUUACCAGCUCUCCCCACCUGAGGAUUUGACGCUUGCAAUGUCGUUGGUGAGACCUCUUCGUCUCUUCGGGGAUUCUUCAACAUUGCAAAAAGAAACAAAACUGAGCAGGGAGAAAUACGGACAAGUUCCUAGGGUUUACAUCAUUUGUGAAAAAGACAAUGGGAUCAAGGAGGAUUUCCAAAGGUGGAUGAUUGAGAACAAUCCAGCACCGGAGGUGAAGGUAAUAGCAGGUUCCGAUCACAUGGUGAUGUUCUCGCAACCAAAGGAGCUGUGCUCCCUCCUCCUUGAAAUUGCAGGGAAAUAUUCUUAAAACUAGCUACCAGCAGCUAGCUACCUGGGGAUAUUAUAUGUUUCGUAGCACAAAUAAAUUAUGACCCGGUGGUGCGGUAAAAUCCCGUACGUGUGUCAUAAGUACUACAUGCAAUAUGAUGGCAUGCACAUUAUGAUCUUGAUCAUGCACACAUUAUAUAUAUGGAUGGUACUGCCCGGCCUGCCGCCCUUCGGCUCGAUUCCAUAUUAAUAAUUUAAUCAUGUACCUGAAGUUUUAUGGCAUUGGUCGAAAGAAAAGGAAAAACCAGAUGAUUUGAAUAUUUGUGGUCAUUAUAUGAAAUAAGCUGUUUAGUGUGUUU